UAUGUAUGUAUGUAUGUAUGUAUGUAUGUAUGUAUGUAUGUAUGUAUGUACACUAUUGCAUGUGCGCGGGAUAUUUUUCGAUUUUCGCGUUUCAACUCUCAUUUGACAAUUCCAUCGAUACGUGUUUGUUUACGUCAAAAGAGAGAGGAAAAACGGAGUAGAGUGAAGAUAAAUAUUGCAAAAAGAGAUAGAUAACGAUGUUAAAAAAUCAGAAGAAAAAAAUAUGUAUGAUUCCCGAUUUCACGCUAUUUCUGUCAAACAUGUGUGAUUGAUAUUGAUGAUUUCGUUUGACAAUGAUGUUGACAUGAUGAUGUUAAUUGUCCGGUGUUACUCUUCACUUCCACAAUGCUGUUUUGAAUCUAAUUGACAAGUUGAGACACGAGAGACCCAUCGAGGAAAAACGUGGAAAGAAAUUUUCCCUUUGCAUUAUGAGCGACUCCGACGAAUCUGACAUCGAGGCUGACAUUCAGGCCCUGACCGAAGCUCUAUCUCUGCCUACAACCAGCAAUUCCAGGCCACAGUUUGCUCGUGAAAACUCUCCAUCCGACAGCACCCCAUCGAUAGACCCUAGGAGUGAUGAUGAAUAUCUCAGCUGCAUCAAUGUAAAUCAGGACUUCGAGUCUCUGAACGCCUACGAGAUAAAUGCGCAGUUGAUUUCAGGUCUGCUGACAGCCAAGACGAAAUUACUGGCACUGCUGCAGGAGUGCGAGAGGAAGAUACAGGAGUUAGAUGAGAAAAUGAACUCCGAAGGAUCCAGUUUGCGUACUAAGCCUCUCAUCACCAAUGCUGGCAUGCCCUACUUCAAGGAUAAGAACCACUUCAGGCCGCCCAAGAACUACGACAUAAAGCUGAAGGAGUCUCGUGGCGAGUUGUUCCUGCCGUCCCUUAAAAAACCCAGUCGUUGGUCGGGAGAUGACAGGGAGAAGCUUCUGAGAGCCAUACACAACGAAGCUAUUGAAUCUGUACUGUCUGAAGGAUUUGAUAACCUUGAUAAACAGCUUGCUCAACAUUCAGAUAAGGAGACAGCGAAUGGGCAAACUAAGAGGACUGUGUUAACGUUGCCUAGAAACUUCAGGGAGAUGGUAGGAGCCAUAGGCGAGAGGGAAUUCGAUUGGCACAAGAUUUCCAGGAUGGAUUUUGAGGACAAGCACUCUCCGGGUGAGUGCCAGGCCAUGUGGAAUAUCUACCUGCAUCCGGAUUGUAACAAAAGCGAAUGGACGGUCGCGGAGGACAGGAGAUUGUUGAGAUACGCCAAGGAAUGCAAGUAUCAGGAUUGGGACGCCAUUACGGAACUGGUGGGGACGAAUCGUAGCGCUUAUCAGUGCUUCAUCAGGUGUAACACCAUCAAGAAGAUGCCGUCCUCGGGACGUCCUUGGACCAAGGAGGAGGACAAAUGUCUCGUCAGGGUCAUCCAUCAACUGAGGAUCGGGGAUUACAUCCCGUGGACGGACAUCGCGAAUCAUCUGCGGCACAGGACCAAGCAGCAGAUCUACGCCCGGUGGAACUACCGGAAGGCGCCGCACCUACGUAAGGAGUUUACCUACGUGGAAACGAAGACCCUCAUGAACGCGGUGGAGAAGUACGGGCCGGAUUUCGGCAAGAUCGCCAGUGUCGUGAUGCCGCAUCGAACCUCGAUGCAGCUGAACGAGCACUACCAGUUAAUGAUGACCAGGACAUGCAACAACACGUGGACGAUCGAGGACGACAGGAGGCUGCUCGAGCUGCACCAAAAGCACGCUAACGAUUGGGCCAAAAUAGCCACGUACUUCGCCAACAAGUCGAGGACCCAGGUGCGACAUCGGUUUACAGCGUUGGAGAAGUACCUGAAGAGGGACGUCUCUCUUGAGGAGAUACCCAGGCCUCUGAAGAGCGUCGCAACGUGCAACAAAUCCUCGUCAUCCAAGAUUCCGUUGAAGGAAUGCAACAGAGACCAGCUGGUUGAGAAACCUCACGUUAUACAGCUCGAAGACAUCCAGCUGAGGCUGUAUGAAGCUCUCAGCUUACCUCCUUCGAAGAUUGUCAAUUGUGAAAAGUCCUAUGAUGCGAAGCAGCUGAUGUGCGACACCAGAAGACUGUACGACACCUUGAACUCGCUUAACGCCAAUCUUGAGCUUUCCAAUACCUUUCUGAGUCAUACACACCUGAAUAGAAGAGAAAAGCGACUCCUGGUCUCUCUGAAGGAAUUUAUGACCGUGAGAAACGAUAGAAAGUAUAAUUACGAGCGAAUAGAGAAGGUCAGAAUGCAGAUGUUUGGCCGGGUGAAGAAGUUCAGCGAGGAUCCUUUCAUCCCGCCUCUACCCUUCGAAGGACACGUAAGGAGCAAGAAGACGAAGAGUAGCAAUAAAAAUGAGUUCAUGACUGAUGAGUUGAUAAAUACCAAUGAAAAAUUCCUGGUCGACAUGCCUGUAGAAUUCAGCAUAAUAUCUGAAAUACAGUCCUUCGUUAGUGUCGAGGAGGAAAUUGAUUUUCACAGACUUAGUCAAUUAAUGGUACGAGAUUAUCAGGAGUGCGAUCAGCAACAAGAUUUGUACAAGACAUUAAAAUGCAGACUGUGCUUUGAUAAAACUGGCGCUUCGAAAUAUGAAGAUAAUACGGAUCUGCAGACGAGAAGGUACAAACAAUGCGCGAGUAAGUUGCAAAUAACACCUGUAAACAGCGAAUAUACCAGUGAGGAAGAGAAGGUAUUCGGUGACGUAAUUGCGCCAAACCAGGCGACCUUGUUGGGUCUGAAGAAUCUGCUCCUUUGGAAGUUGCUGUACGAAUAUCAGCACGAAUCUGAGCAUUACGAUUUAUUCCUCGAAAGUGAAGAAGAAAAAGAAGCAACGACGACCGACUGUCCUGUACAAACGGAAAGUACUGAAUAUCGGCUGCUGCAAACUCGUCUGCUGCAACUCUUCAAGCUUCCCAUAGGUUUGUCGAACACCAUGUUAGAGCUAUGCGAACCGGAGUCUAUAUCUUUAACGAAAAAAUCGCAAAGUCAGAGGAUCAUUUCGAGAAAGAGAAAAUUUCAAAAUUCUGAUUCCGAAAUCGAAACGGAUGUUCCCUUAGCACGUAAUUGCAAAGUGGUUAGUAAAAAAAGGUAUAAUACUGUUGCGAAAUAAUAUUUGAUUAUUUUUAGCGAAUUGAAUCUCAAAUACGCAAAGUUGAGUACAAAGUUUCUUUUUAAGCUGUUUUUAAGGCUCUUAGCUUCUCGUCGAUCAUUUUGCAAUUGUGGCAUCAAAAGCGAGAAAGCGCAAAAAAUUCUUAGAUGCUAUUUCGAGAAAAAAGAAAAAGAUAUUUCGAUGAAACAGCAGAUUUCAGAAGACUAAAAUUCCUCAAAAACUAGCCUUUAUAAUCAAUCAAUAGCUUUUCAUUUAAAAAUGACAUCUAAGAAUUUUCAGCGUAUGCUUUUCCUUUGACGUCACAAUCUGACAUGAUCGCGAGCUUUAUUAUUUCCUGCAAAUAUACAUUUUCCUUUUUCGUUUGUUUAUAAAUUAAAGUAAACGUUGAUAUAAGAUUAGUUUUUCUUUUUAUUUAUUACAAAUAUAAUCUUCUGAAAAUUACUCGUAUUACAUAACUGUGAUGAUUAGCGAUAAUGGAAGUUUAUGUCACUUUUACUACGAUUACAGAAUGUAAAGUUACAGCUAUAAAUUUUAGGAAGGCCAAAAGAGUAGCCGCUAACUAAUUACAAUUUUAUUAACUUAUUUACAAUCUGUGUCAAUAUAGUAUAGUAAUUAAUCGAGAAAAGGAUAUGGAUAACUUUUGUUUUUCUUUUAAGUAAAAAAAACUGUAGAAAAAAUGUGAUAGUAAUAAUCUAGAUAAGAAAAUAUAUUGUACAUACACACACACACAUAUA